AUGGAGACGCAGCCGCCCGUCGUGCUCUCGAGGCCAGACGCCGAACCGCGAAUCCGCACCUGGGACGCCGAGAAAAAGGACUGGGUCCCGUUGUCUGCACAAGUGGGGGACAGCAGCGAGAGCAGUCGACCGCCAACGCCGCCGCCCAAGUCGCCGCGGCACGUCGCGAUGCCCGCCGAGCCCCAUGCCCACGCACUACCGCCCGGCGCCGCAGCGCCGGCACUCAGCCUGCAGCCUGAACUUGCCUCCCUCGGCACGCGCACCCACACCGCCCGCCGCCGACCCGCGACGGACGAUGCGCCGUCCUCUGAGCGCGUGAAGGCCCAGAGGGGAUACACGCAUACUAGGACCAAGUCGCUGUUCGUCCGCCGGCGCGAGCCGGUCGAGCAGGCGCAGCAGGGCGAGCACGUCGUGGCGCCUUUGCCGCCGGUGCUCGCGCCGCGCCCGCAGAGCUGGUUCGGCGCGCUAGGGGGGAUGUUACGCAGGAAACGUACCUCGCGCGGUACCCCGCCUCCGACGCCCACAGACACAGAGACAGACACAGUCGCGGAACACGUAGCGGACAAGCAAGGCCCCCUGGACCACUUUGGCCCGCCCCCGCCCCCGCCGGAAUGGGAGCGCGCCGCGCUCGACGCGUACGCUGCGCUCUCUGUCAGACCUCGCGGCGCGCGGUAG